UUAUUUGCAGGCACUCAAACAAGAUAUUGAAGAAAACUUUUAUGAUGGCAAAUUCAGUUUUGAUGACAUUAGAGUAAACGAUAUGGUAGGACUACUAAAGCAAUUCCUGCGUGAGCUACCAACACCCAUUCUUAUGAUGGAAUACAUUAGUGGAUUCGCUCAAAUAGAACGAAUUCCUGACCGGAAGCGUCAACUACAGUGUCUGAAUCUGCUGAUUCUUGUUUUAUCAGAUGUACAUAGGGCAACUUUAAAGCUGUUGCUUCAGUUUUUAAGUAAAGUUGUCGCAAAUGAGCGUUAUAACAAAAUGUCAUUGAACAACGUGGCGAUGAUAAUGGCGCCGAAUCUAUUCACUGUGAAAGCUUCACAUAAGAAAUCUCCCGUUUUCGAUGAGUUGUACAUGGCAGCGGGAAUCACAAACGUGAUGCGUAUGCUGAUAAGAUAUCAUCACAUCCUAUGGGUUGUAAGUAUAUAAUUCAAGUUUUUUUUU